AUCGUCUCGGACAAAAGAUGCGGCGAAACGUGCUGCCCGAGCUCCGCCGAUAAGCCCCGAGACGUAGCCCGCAGAGAGAAUCGCAAAGAGGACGAGGAGCGGUCGACAGGUGGUUGUUGUGAGGCCACUGAGCACCGAGGCGCACCGCCGACAUGCUGCCGCCGCCGCCCGGCGCCCUGCUGCUGCUGGCGGCUGUCUGCUCGAGCUUCGACCGGACCGGAGCUGAGGGUUGUGGAACAUCGUGUGGAAAAUGUGACUGCAGUGGUGUGAAAGGAGAAAAGGGUGAACGGGGAUUUCCUGGUCUUCAAGGUAAUAUGGGAUUUCCAGGGAUGCAGGGACCUGAGGGGCCUCCAGGGGCAAUGGGCCCAAAGGGAGAUCUGGGGGGGCCUGGCUCUCCUGGACUGAAAGGAGUGAGGGGUCCGCCUGGUCUGCCAGGUUUCCCAGGAAACCCAGGACUGCCAGGCAUCAAUGGAAAUGAUGGCCCACCAGGUCAAUCAGGUAUCCCAGGAUGCAAUGGGACUAAAGGAGAAAGGGGAAGGGACGGCACUCCUGGUUUUGGUGGACUUCAAGGACCUCCGGGCAUCCCAGGAAUUCCUGGAAUUAAGGGUGACGCUGGUGGUCUGAUUGGGAUCGUUCCCCUGAAAGGAGACAGAGGAUUCCCCGGCACACCGGGAUUACCUGGAUCAAUUGGAACUUCUGGACCCACCGGACCACCAGGACCUCGUGGCUACCAAGGACCCAAAGGUGACCCUGGUCCAGCUGGCCCUCAAGGAGAGAAGGGUGACAGGCUGGCUUUUGUGAGUGAGAAAGGAGAAAAGGGUGAGCCAGGAUUUCGUGGCCCACCGGGCCCCCCCGGACCUCCCCAGGGAGUGGAAGGACAAACCACAGUGCAUGUACCUGGACCACCGGGAGACAGAGGACUUCACGGAGACAAAGGAGAGAAAGGCCAUUGCAUCGCUCAUCUCAGUGGUAUCAAAGGUGAAGCCGGUCCACCUGGACCAAGAGGUAAACCUGGCAAGGAUGGAGAUAAUGGGACAAAGGGAGAGAUGGGCUUUCCAGGAGGCCCCGGAUACAUUGGUUCCCAGGGUGAAAAAGGAGAACGAGGACCACCAGGUUAUGGUAGCGGUUCCCCUGGCCCGCCUGGUCCUCGUGGUCUCCCAGGGUUACAAGGAGAAAAAGGUUUUCUUGGGCCUCAGGGAGAGGCAGGUCCACCAGGCCGACACAUCGAAGGGCCUCGAGGGGAGCAGGGUCAGAAGGGAGACGUGGGUGAGAAAGGAGACAGGGGAAUAGAAGGAGAGUCUCUGGUCGGGCCUCCAGGACAACCAGGAGUUGCUGGACCUCCUGGAACACCAGGCCUCCCAAUUGUCUCUAGUCAAUGUGACAUAGAGAAAGGCGCUCCCGGCCCAGCUGGACCUCCAGGGUUACAAGGGGAAGUCGGACAGAAAGGUGACAUAGGCGAUACCUGUGUUCAGUGUGAAUCUUUCGGCCCACCUGGAUUACCUGGCCCCCAGGGGUUUAAGGGAGAUCGCGGACCUCCUGGGGCAGUAGGAGGCAAAGGAGAGAAGGGUCAGUCAGGCCCCGCUGGACAAUCUGGAAGAACCGGUACCGACGGCAGCCCUGGGCUGAUGGGAGCUCCUGGUGCUGUUGGUGAGCCCGGGGACAUUUUCAUAGCUCCCGGUCUGAAGGGAGACAGAGGUUUUUCUGGUCUUGAUGGUUCACCGGGAAAGCCAGGACUUAAUGGGCAGCAAGGGAGAGAUGGCCUCCCAGGUGUACCUGGCCUCAAAGGAGAGCCUGCCAAGGAGGGCAUUAAGGGUGAGCGUGGACCAGAUGGGGACCCUGGUCAUUUUGGAACCCCAGGAGAGAGGGGUCCCCCUGGUCUUCCAGGCAUCGGUCGACCAGGAGAGUCUGGAGAGAAAGGAAGUCCAGGGAGAUCAGGAAUUCCUGGAUCUCCCGGAGUACCAGGUGUAAAAGGUGAGCCAGGUGCAGGUGUGAGCGCUCCAGGACCUCAGGGAGUACCUGGACCACAGGGAGAAACCGGCCGACCUGGACUUCCAGGGGACAGAGGCCAGCAGGGAGACUCUGGGAUGCCAGGUUUCCCUGGACCGAAAGGUGACCAAGGAUCCUCUGGAAUUGGUUUCCCUGGCCCAACAGGUCAAAAAGGAAUCAGUGGAAUUCCUGGAGCUCCAGGAUUACCAGGAGAGCCGGGAAAACCAGGACAGGAUGGCUUUAGUGGACAACCUGGUCCACCUGGAACGAAGGGUGAACCAGGACGGGGACUUCCAGGCCCAAAAGGUCUGCAGGGCCUCCCAGGAAUUGCUGGCUUCCAGGGAGAGAAGGGUAACAUUGGACACCCCGGUGUUCCUGGACAGGAAGGGCAGACAGGACCACCAGGAGCUCAGGGAUUAAGAGGUGACGUGGGACCCCCAGGGCCUCCUGGACUGGUUGGCUUACCAGGUGAACCAGGAAAAGGCUCACCUGGAGCUCCUGGCCCACAGGGACCAACUGGAGAGCCUGGACCAUACGGUAGAGAAGGUGUAAAGGGAGAAAAAGGCUACCCUGGACCUCCCGGUCUGGACAUGCCGGGGCCUCAGGGAGAAAAGGGAAUCCCCGGUUUCCCAGGAUCCACGGGCUCUAAAGGACUGCCAGGGCCAUCGGGGUUACCGGGCAGGGACGGGCUGAUUGGAAACCAAGGUCCUAAAGGUGAAAUGGGGGUCAUGGGAACACCGGGAAUACCAGGAUUUCCCGGAUCACCUGGUACACCUGGAUCUUCUGGUCUGAGAGGUGAUCCCGGUAUUACUGGACCAAGAGGCAACAUUGGAGAGCCUGGACCUAAAGGAGAAAGGGGAGAGCGAGGUCUGCAGGGACCUGCAGGGAACAUGAGCAAAGUUGACAUGGAGCACAUGAAGGGGGAGAAGGGAGACCUUGGAGACUUUGGUGACCCUGGGAUCACGGGACAGAAGGGCCACCGUGGAAUGCCUGGAGACCCCGGCAUGCCAGGCAAAGAUGGGGAGCCUGGAUCACCCGGACAACCAGGUGAGAAAGGAGACCCCGGUUUUCCUGGAGACCCUGGCAGUAUGGGACCACCUGGACAUAAGGGCGGUGUAGGAGAGAUGGGGAUACCAGGUGCGCUCGGUCCUAAAGGUAGUAAAGGAGAUUUUGGUACACCGGGACAUCCAGGAUUCAGAGGCACAGAUGGACAGAAAGGAGACAAGGGAGCAGCUGGUGAUCCAGGUCUAGGGAUCCCAGGACAUCCAGGAGAAAAGGGUCAGACAGGCCAGCCAGGAUUUCCAGGAUCACCAGGAGAGAAAGGUCUUAAGGGUCAAGAGGGUAUGUCUGGCAAACCAGGACUGCAAGGACCCAAAGGAGAACAAGGAGGCUCCGGGUAUCCAGGUCAGCCAGGUAGACCAGGUGACAAGGGUACUCCUGGGCUUCCUGGGUCUGCAGGAGAAUCUGGUCGUGAAGGUCGACCCGGUCAGGGCGGCUUGCAGGGACCCUCUGGUCCUCCAGGAGAGAAGGGAGAGGCUGGAGUGGAUGGCAUCCCUGGAUCCUCGGGGGAGAGAGGAGACCCAGGUUUACCUGGCCGAGGUUUCGCUGGGCCACCUGGGAUUCUUGGUGGCAAAGGCGACAAAGGUAGCCCUGGCUUCCCUGGUACUCCAGGUCAUCCUGGUGUCCCUGGUAUAAAAGGCGACAAGGGACUUACAGGCUCACAGGGACAACAGGGUGAGCCAGGAGAGAGGGGGGGCCCAGGUAUAUCUCUAGAAGGCCCCAAAGGAGAGAGAGGAGGGACAGGACAACCUGGAGAAUCAGGAACCACGGGAGCACCAGGACCUGCUGGUGUGCCAGGCAGACAUGGACAAAAGGGAGAGAGAGGAGACCAAGGACUCCCUGGUUUCCAAGGAGAGUCGGGGCAAAAGGGCGACCCUGGAUUUCCUGGACUUCCUGGACAAGCCGGCCUUCCAGGUAUCGAUGGACAGAAGGGAGAGAUUGGGCUGCACGGUGUCCCUGGAUUUCCAGGUGUAAAGGGUAAUUUUGGGGACAUUGGAUUCAAAGGAGAGUUUGGAGACAGAGGAUUCCCCGGAGAAAAAGGUAAUGACGGCCCUCCAGGUCCCCCUGGGCCACACACCUUCAUUAAAGGAGACAUUGGAUUCCCAGGAACACAAGGUCUUCCAGGACCACAGGGGCCAUCUGGGUUCCUUGGGCUGAAAGGACAGCAAGGUGUGACAGGAAUUGCGGGGCCAAAAGGUGACGACGGCCUCCCUGGAUAUCACGGUCAGCCUGGAGCCAAAGGAGAGCCCGGCCUGCCGGGGCCACAAGGACCCAGAGGAUACCCUGGCCCCCCAGGACCUGAUGGUGUUCCAGGUCAAGUGGGUCCCCCUGGCCCCUCCUCCAUGGACCAUGGUUUCUUGGUAACCCGUCACAGCCAAACGAUAGAGGUGCCAUAUUGUCCCGAGGGAACCAUGCUCAUAUAUGACGGCUACUCCUUGCUCUACGUGCAAGGCAAUGAACGGUCUCAUGGACAGGACUUAGGUACGGCAGGCAGCUGUUUAAGGAAGUUCAGCCCCAUGCCCUUCCUGUUCUGUAACAUCAACAACGUGUGCAACUUCGCCUCUCGUAAUGACUACUCCUAUUGGCUCACCUCUCCUGAGCCCAUGCCCAUGAGCAUGGCGCCAAUCACCGGUGAGAGCAUCAAACCCUUCAUCAGCAGGUGUGCUGUGUGUGAGGCCCCGGCCAUGGUGAUAGCAGUUCACAGUCAGAACAUCAUGAUCCCUCCGUGCCCUCAAGGCUGGGACUCUCUGUGGAUUGGCUACUCCUUUGUCAUGCACACCAGCGCUGGCUCCGAGGGUUCGGGCCAGGCUCUGGCCUCUCCUGGCUCCUGCCUGGAGGAGUUCCGCAGCGCUCCGUUCAUCGAGUGUCACGGCCGCGGAACCUGCAACUACUACGCCAACUCCUACAGCUUCUGGCUUGCCACCAUCGAAGACAACGAGAUGUUUACGAAACCUGUCCCAACGACGCUAAAAGCAGGCAAUCUCAGAACACACAUAAGCCGCUGUCAGGUGUGCAUGAAGAGGACAUAGACGCGACACCGGAGUCCUCCGUCCUGACGUGCAAGCAAAUACCGCGUGCGCUGACGUCCUCCACUUAGCUUUUCUUCCUGUUUCGAAAAGGAUGGUGCUACUUCCCUGCAUGUGUGAGAGGAGAGGGACAGAGACCUGGUUUGCAGAACACUCAGAGACCGAACUUUACGAACCAGAACACAGAGAGUGACCAAGCGGCCUUUUGCUCCGUGCAGAAACACUUAACUAACAUGAUCACAACAUGUCUCUAAAGAAUGGCACCCAGUUUACCACUGCACUGAGUAAAUGCCCACUAAACUGGUAAAUGAGUGUUCAUUUUGCAAAGGGGUUGUUUGUGUGAGUCAGGUGCUAUUGAAUCUUACUUAUCUGCCUUAUUCCAUUUUUGUUAUUUUAAAUUUUCCUUCCAAGUGCCACAGCAUUCAAAGGUAUAGCUACAUUAAUAUUAUAGCUUUUCACAUCUUAUAACUUGUACUAAUGUAAAGGAUGGGACUGACCACUGGUUACUGAGGCUUCUGUCAUUUCUUCAAUCACAACAUGUUGCCACCACAGAUAUAUAUAUAACAAUCACUCUGUUGUAAAUAUAAAGCAUUCCUCUCUAACAUAGUUCAACAUACUCUCCUCAGGUUAUUAUUAUUGAGUUACUUUGUGUGUCAUUAGCUCCAUUUUUUAUUUAUAAGAUUAAUGAGAAUAUGUUGGACAUUCGUGUAUCUGAGAUUUUUCUUCGAUCCAAAAACGGUGCUUCAACAUCUGACACACCAGCGCCUUACUAACAUACAGAACAGCACUGAAAUAGCAUUGGCAGGUGUGAGUGUGCGUGCUUGUGUGCGUGUGUGUGUGCGUGUGCGUGUGCCUGUGUGUGCCUGUGUGUGUGCGUGCCUGUGUGUGUGUGUGUGUGUGUGUGUGUGUGUGUGUGUGUGUGUGUGUGUGCCUGUAUGUGUGUGUGUGUGUGUGCCUGUGUGUGUGCGUGCGUGUGUGUGUGUGUGUGUGUGUGUGUGUGUGUGUGUGUGUGUGCCUGUAUGUGUGUGUGUGUGUGUGUCUGCAUAAACAGUAUUUUAUUGCACAACCCUGUUGUUGGCAAAAUUCAAAACAAGUGCACAAAAAGUUAAAGACAAUAAAAGCAAAUCACCUUUAUACUAUCAGAAGAUUGCGUGUAACAGCUCUAUGUCAAACAAUCUCCUCCUCUCACAUUGAACCAAAUCGUUCUAAUCUUUGAUCCCAAAGUAAUGCACAUGUAAAGAUAUAUAUAUAUAUAUAUAUACUUACAAGUAACAUGUACUUGCUAUUCUGCUCAUGUACUUGACUGUUCCCGUUUGUGAAUGACUUCUUCCAUCCCUGUUGAUAUUAUGCAGAAGUUAUUUUUAAUUAAGUAGAGGAGAGGGUUAUCGUGUCAUGGCUGCACAUUCAAUCAAACUCAUACAGAUGAGGAGGAUUGUAUUUAUAAGUGUCUCUGCAGGCUGGGAUGUCUGAAGAGGUCUUAACAUAGGUGUGUGUUUUGUACUUUGAGAUAACUUCAGUCUUGUGUCGACACUAGAAAGACCAUGCGGACCCCAAACGGUUCCUGUGUCCCUUUCAGAGCAACUGACCGAUGCAAAGUUUUUUCUACUGUCAAAGCUAUAGCGAAUAUUCUUCACUGACCAUAGCCUGUUUAUGUUUGUUUGUUUGUUUGUUUGUUGUGCUUGGUUGUGAUAAAAUGCUCCAUGAAGUAUAUACAGUAUUAUCAUAUUUUGCCAUCAUAAAACAAAUUUGAUUACAGUGGGAAUGAUCUUAACUUCUUAACAAACACAACCGAACAUACUUCAUCGACAGUUUAUAUUUGCCAGAUCUCAUACUGUAUAAUUCCCGCAAUAAAGUGAUUUGUAGAAUAA